AUGGUUGCAGGUUUGGGGUCAGAAGAUGACGGUAAUAAGAUGAUAGUGGAAACGGAACUGGUUCAAACGGAGAAACAGAACAUACUUCCAGUAUCACAACAACCUUCACAACAAUUUGAUAAGAAUGGCAUCGGCACAGAUACUGAGAAUUCGACGUUAACGCAAAAGAAACUACUUAAUAAUACGAAAAGGGAUACCAUGCCUGGCUCUCCAACGAGAAAGGAAGGUCACGAUAGAAUAGAUACACACGAUCUUCACGAUCUCCAUGAUGAUAUGAGCGCAACUCUGAAACCACAUCAAAGUCAGAAUAGAAUAGCAUCACUACAGCUGCAAGAUUCAACACAUCAAAGUAUCACUAGCCAUCAGGAAAAAGAGGGAACGCCGUUAUCGCACCAACACACCAAUCCAUUAUCCACUCAUGCGUUGUCAUCGACAGGGUUAAGGAAUAAGAAAAGCAGUUUACUCAUCGACUGUGCUGUGGACGGGGCCAGGGACUUUUCGUUACCACCUCUUACGAAUUCUGAUCAGAUGUUGGACCUAUCUCUUGUGUCAAAAAACUCAUCUCAUGAUCUGCCCUCGUUUACUACAGCAAUGUCAAAGCAGAAAACUAAGCCCCAAUUGAGUAAACUUUCAUCGUAUCAAGAGGAGUCAUCUGAUGGUAGGAUUGAUUCGGAUUCGCAGUUGACCACUUCACAGGACUCGAAAACUAAGGAAUGGGAGCGGAGACAAGGAAUACGGACAUCAAACUCUCCGCCGCCUCAACAGCUGGCAUCUCAGAUUUCUUUGGGAGCAGGUGAUAUGAACGGCGGAAGUAGCGCAGUACUGCCAUCAUCAGGCGUGUCUCUUCCUUUACAGCAACAGCAACACCAGCGAUCACAAACACAAGGCUUGAAUAAUCCCACUGUUCAGGUCCAGUCAGCAUCAGCAAAUUUGACUCCGAAUGGGCAAAUAUCGCUGCCAACGGUCACAGAUUCGGAAUCUGUGCGAAAACUCAAUAAGGAAUCUUCAUCAAAGGCCGAUUUUUUUGCUGCCCGGUUGGCAACGGCUGUCGGCGAAAAUGAAAUAUCUGACUCGGAAGAAACCUUUGUUUAUCAAUCGACGGCAAAUUCAGUCAAAAACGCUUCGAUAAACGACGUAUCCGCAACACCGAAUAAUACUAUCAACUCCAUACAAAAUAAUAACAACAAUUCUAAGUCCUAUGGUAUCCCUGCAAAGUUAAGCGCUCCUCAAUUGAAACAGAACGAUAAACUACUAAACAGAUUGAAGAACACAAGACACACAAGUAUAGCAGCAAUCCCUAAUUCUCAAGGACCUCCGUCAAGCAAUUCUGAACAGGAUGAUGUAGCGUCUUUGAGAUCAAUCAAUAGAAACACUAUGCAAGAAAUGCAAUCUAUCAAGUCGCAUCGAACUCAAAUGUCUGCCUCUCCUAAGAAACGUCUCAGUAUCACUUCACUUCAAAAGGUACAAAACAGGCAGCAAAAACAGCAACCUCAGUCUGUUAUCACAAAUGGAGCUACAAAAUCAUCUACUUCAACGACUCCUACAAAAUCUACCUUUGCCUUUGGGCAGCCAAAAAGCGGAAAAACCACAUCAAGUAUACCAAAAAAUUCCAAACAACACUUCCCGCAACCUAUGCUUCCUCUGGCUCAGAAUAAAGUAAUGCAUCAAAAUCACAGAAGAACUUCUUCAAAACCAGGCGAUUCCAAAAAAUCUGCUUUGAGGACAAGAAGUUCUAAAGUCUUUGAUCCUAAUGGUUCCUCACUACGUCGUUAUUCCGGAGUUCCUGAUGAUGUUAAUUUAGAAGACUUUGUAGAUCAAUAUGAUGGUGAAUUUGAUAUUAAAAUGCAUAGACCAUCCAGGACAACGGAAAAGAAAUCGAACAACCAACAGCACCAAUCCAAUGCUGCUUCUCAACGUGGAACGUACUCCUCCGACAACCAUAUUCAAUAUGAACCAAAUGAUAACCAUAGUGGAUAUGGAGAUGAUGAAAUCGAUUUGGAUAAUAACGAUAUCCAAUCCAAUUCGGAUAUCAGUGAUAUUCACGGACUGACAUAUCACAAUCAAACCAAUUAUGAUGAACAUUCGUACGCGGACGAAGAUGGUGAUGAUAUUGAGUCGAUGUUUUACUAUAACGGAGGUAGCAUAGUUCCUAACAAUGCUAGAGUUGGAAGGAGGUUCUCAGAACUCGACGAUGGAACGGAAGAUGUAGAAUCACAAGGAUUUUUCUACGGAGAUCCGAAUAAUGCAGAGAGAUCAAAUGAAGGAAAGGGACUUGGUUCGUCCCAAUUACCUUAUUUCAAUCAAGCCAGUGAGUAUACUCCUUUGAAGAAUAAAAGAGUGAGCAGGAAAAGAUCUGAUUUCUACGGUGAUUUUUCUCCCCACAACUUUUACACCAAGAAGGGUUCAUGGUCUAAGUUUAAAAAUUUCGUUUACUUCUCUUUCAUCGUGGCCUCCCUAUUGACUCUUGGAUUCAUUUCUGGAUUCCUACUGGCAACCAACAAAGAAUUACACGAUUUCCAAUUGUUGGCCAUGGAUAACGUUCUAGUUUCGUUGGAUGAAUUAGUAUUCGAUAUCACAGCGACUGCGUUUAAUCCAAGUCUCUUCACUAUUGGUAUAAAAGACGUGGAACUAGAUAUAUUUGCUAAGACUAAGCACGUUGACGUUAGUUCAAAUGAAGACAAGUUAUAUUCAACUCCAUACCAAACCAUACUACUCGGGACAGUAUACAAUCUCGAAAGUGAACUACAAUUUAGAGGAAGAUUGAUCAACAGAAAUUAUGAUGUUUCUGUUGCCAGUGUUAAAUUGCUCAAUCCUGGUGCACCUAAAAAUAAUGGUGAUGAUGAAGACGGGGAUAAUGACGAUGACGACGAUGAUAAUGGUAACAAAAAGAAAAUGGGCCACGAUAACCAAGAUGAAAAGGGCAAUCACAAACUAGAGAAUGAUAUUGACCGUUGGAAAGAAUUGAUCAAAUAUGAAUUCGAAUUGAUCGUCAGAGGAAACAUGUAUUACAGUAUCCCAUUCUUUAACAACCAGAAAGUACUCCCAGUACAACAGCAAAUUUCUGUAGAUCCAGACAACUCACCUUUCAGAAAAAAGCAUGGAAAUAACCAUGCGCAAUAG